CCUGGCGGCCGCGGCAGCGCGAUGGACAGCCCGGAGGUCACCUUCACGCUGGCCUACCUGGUGUUCGCCGUGUGCUUCGUGUUCACGCCCACCGAGUUCCACUCGGCCGGGCUCACCGUGCAGAACCUGCUGUCGGGCUGGCUGGGCAGCGAGGACGCCGCCUUUGUGCCCUACCACCUGCGCCGCACGUCCGCCACGCUGCUGUGCCACUCGCUGCUGCCGCUCGGCUACUACGUGGGCAUGUGCUUUGCAGCUUCAGAAAAGCAGCUCUACUCCCUCAGCCAGGCCCCGGAGGCCUGGCGGCUCUUCCUCCUGCUGGCAGUGACUCUGCCCACCAUCGCCAGCACACUGAUCUACUACUGGUCCUGUGAUCAGUGGGCCCGCCACCCGCUGGCCCGCACCCUGGCCCUCUACGCCCUCCCGCAGUCAGGCUGGUGGGCUGUGGCCUCCUCAGUCAACACCGAGUUCCGGCGGAUCGAUAAGUUUGCCACGGGGGCACCAGGGGCUCGUGUGAUCGUGACGGACACGUGGGUGAUGAAGGUGACCACGUACCGUGUGCACGCGGCUCGGCAGCAGGACGUGCACCUGACUGUGACAGGGUCACAGCAGCAUGCGCUCUCGGCGGACUCCAGCCUACCUGUGCAGCUCCUCACCAUCCACGUGGCCAGUGCCAGCCCUGGCGUGCGGGCCUUCGACAUCCGGCUGAACUCCACGGAGUAUGGUGAGUUGUGUGAGAAACUCCGCGCACCCAUCCGCAGUGCGGCCAACGUGGUCAUCCAUCAGAGCCUGGGCGACCUGUUCUUGGAGACGUUUGCUUCCCUGGUGGAGGUCAACCCAACCUACUCGGUCCCUAGCAGCCAGGAGCUGGAGGCAUGCAUUGGUUGCAUGCAGACACGUGCCAGUGUGAAGCUGGUGAAGACCUGCCAAGAGGCAGCUGAGGGCGAGUGCCAGCAGUGCUACUGUCGCCCCAUGUGGUGUCUCACCUGCAUGGGCAAGUGGUUUGCCAGCCGCCAGGACCCACAGCGCCCUGACACCUGGCUCGCCAGCCGCGUGCCCUGCCCCACCUGCCGUGCACGCUUCUGCAUCCUGGAUGUGUGUGCUGUGCGCUGAGCCUGCUGGCUGGAGCAAGGGAGUGGCCUUGGGGGUCCCAGCAAGCCCUGCUAGGGACCCCACAGCCACCAUGAGGAGCAGCCAGGGCUCCAGGCCCUCGUUUGUGUUGUCAGCC